AUGGUUACUGGAUGCAAAGCGCUGUCGUUUCCGGGUCGGGUCGACAGAAGCCCGAAGGUUUACAGUUUUAGAGUUAAUCGGGUUGUCGCUUGCGGUCUGUCUGGGUCGGGCUCGGGUUCGGGGCACGGCCCUGCUCAAGGCCCGAGCCAAAGUUCGCAUCUUUCUCGAACCGAAGCGUAUGCUUUGCUCAAGCAGCAGCUGGAAGUCGCUGCAAAAUCUGAGGAUUAUAAGGAAGCUGCUCGACUGCGAGAUUCAUUGAAGCUAUUCGAGGAGGAGGAGCCGGUUUUGCGUCUGCAGAGGUUGUUGAAAGAGGCCAUUGCACAAGAGAGAUUCGAGGAUGCGGCUAGGUACAGAGACGAGUUGAAGGAAAUCGCGCCACAUUUUCUUUUGAAGUGCUCGAGUGAUGCUACUACCUUGGGUAUUAGAGUUCAAGUUAGGAGUGUGUACAUUGAAGGUAGAAGUCAGCCUUCAAAAGGCCUCUACUUUUUCGCAUAUAGGAUCAGAAUCACGAACAAUUCCGAUCGGCCCGUACAGCUUCUAAGAAGGCAUUGGAUCAUAACCGAUGGCAAUGGCAAAACCGAAAGCGUGCACUGUUUUCAGUAUGUGUGGGUGUGA